GGAUAAAAAAUUAUUGGGCGCACGGCCGCGGCAAGCAGCCGGACAGUGACGGGGCAGCGCGUGCAUCCGCGCGUCGGCGUCGCACGCAGCCGUGCAGCAGGGCUGCCCCAUUUUUGUUUGCAGCAACACUUGCCAACAAGCCCAGAGACAGAGGACAUGGGCGGCUCGUCGCCGCGGAUCAGCCGGACGACGCUGCCGACCGUGGCGCGGCGCGACAAAGACCGCCGCCGCGGUCGGCGGCGGCCGGCGGCGCCCUGGGCCGCGCUGAUUCUCGUCGUGGGCGUCAACUGCGCGCUCUACUCGCUGCUCCAGUCGAAGAAGGAGGCGGCGCGCCUCGACGCGUCGCUGGACGCGACGGUGGCGUGGCGGGAGCGGGCGCUCGCGGCCGAGGAGACGGUCGCGGCGCUGGCCGAGCGGCUCGGCGCGCCGCCGCCGCCGCCGCCGCCGCCGCCCCGGCCCCGGCCUCCUCCAAUAGCGCACCAGCCAGUACAUAAAGAGGAGCCGGUGAGCGACGCGUUGCCUCCCUUCUACGGAACCGGCGUCAAGAUCGUCGGCCUCGACACCUGCGACGCCUACCGAAAGCAACAGAAGCCCCACAUUCGGCGGUGGGCGCCCGCGGGCAUGUUCAACACGGGCACGAACACAUUAUUAGAUCUCAUGCACAUGAACUGCCAGUUCCCGGACCGCACGGGCCGCCACGGCUUCUGGCAGGUGCCCUGGGGGAAGCACAACCCGCUGUCGUGGCGCGGCGCGCACUGGGCGCCGCAGUUCCAGGGCGAGCGGCGCUUCCGGCCGGACCCUUUAUCAAUUUUGCCGGUCGUGGUGGUCAAGGACCCGACGACGUGGAUGAAGUCCAUGUGCCGCAACCAGUACGAGUGCCGGUUCCGGCACCGGCCGUCGCACCGGAGCGCCGCGUGCCCGUCGCCCGUGAAGGAGACGCAGACGACGAUGCGCUACCAGCCGACGAAACCCUCGUUCUACGACUCGCUGCCCCACUUCUGGCGGGCCUGGAACGGCGAGUAUCUGAACAGCACGGCGCCGCGCUUAUUGAUCCGCUUCGAGGAUUUGCUCUGGAACUCGGAGGAGACGAUCCGCAAAGUCUGCACCUGCGUCGGCGGCCGGCCGCUCCGGCGCUUCUCGCAGGCCCACGGCGUGUCCAAGGACGCGCGCCUCGGCCACGUCGGCCCCGUGAACGACCGCGCUAAAGCGUUGAGGCUGUAUGGGUCGGAGGCGGAGCGCUUCCGCCACUACACGCGCGAGGACCUCGAGUACGUCCGGGACGUCGCGGGCGCGUCGCCGCUCUUUCGAGCGCUGGGCUACGACUUUGACGUCGACGACGCGCUCCGCGUCGGCGCGUCGCGGCGGCGGCUGCGGUUCGGGGGAAAUUUAAGUAGGUUUUAA